GUUACUUUCACUUCUAAUUUCCCCAUUUGGGAGGAGCUCUCCCCGGGUGAUUGAUUGUGCACACUUCCUGCUCAGAGCUGGGCAGCCACACUGGACGCAGGCUGGGGGCACAGAAGGGCUCCAGGCCCAGAAAGGGCCCACGGCAAGACGAUGGCCAGUGAGAGCACAGACCUCAGCACCAGGAUGUCCACAGAAGAUCAGAGCAUAGACAGUUUUAUCUACAAUAUUAUAUUCACGCACUUCAAAAGACAUAAGGUGGAGAUUUCAAGAGCAAUAAAAAAAGAAUUUCCUUUCCUUCAGAUUCUUCGUGACCGUGAACUCAUCACCAAUAAAAUGUAUGAAGAUUGUAGAGAAUCUUGUAAAAACCUGGUCCCUAUUCACAUAGUGGUGUACAAUGUGCUCGAAAAACUGGAGAAGACAUUUGACCUGACACUCCUGGAAGCAUUGUUCAGUGAGCCCAACAAAGAGGAAUACCCUGACUUAAAUAACAUUUAUAAAAGCUUUGAAAAAGCGAUCCAUGAGAACAUUUGUUUCCAUGAAAAUGAUGGAGAAGAGAGUGUGGAGGACCCUAACACCCAACUAAGUCUUGAACAAGGCACUGGUGAAAACUCAUAUCAAAACCUGACCUGGAUCUGCUCACAUCUCUCGAAUUACAAUGGUACAUCCCCACAUGAAAAUGGACUGUCAGAGCACAGUUGUGAAAGAGAACAGAUAAAUGCGAAUGAAACAGUUACAACCAGCAACAAUAAUGAUGCACGAGAAAGCCAACAAGAGAAUGAACAAUGUGCCCAAGAGGCUGAGCCAGCAGAGGCCUGUGAGCAAGUACCCAUCCAAGGAAAUAAUGGAAAUGCAAGACUAGAGAUACCCAGCCCAUUGCCCUCUGAUGAAGAAAGACCAGAACUACCCAACCAUGGAAUCCAAAUAAAUUCCUGUUCUGUACGUCUGGUGGAUAUAAAGAAGGAAAAGCCAUUUUUUAAUCCAAAUGUUGGAAACAAAACCCAUAAAUCUGACAUAAUAGUGAUCAGCAGUGAUGAAGAUGAAGAUGAGUUCCCCAAAGCCUCCACCUCGGAACAAAGAAGGGGGCCUGAAUCAAAUGAGGAAGGAGAGAUCCAAGAAGCCACCUGCUCAGCCCCUGAAGUUGCACCACUGCCCCUGGAUUUGAGAAAAUCACCUACAUGCAGGAAAAGACUUUGGAAAACUGGGAGAAAUCACGAAGAGGCUUCUGAAUCGAGUGCAGACGAGACGCCCCCGGCAAUCUGGAGUUUUACAGCGAGGAGUGGUCCUGAUGACAAGGAUUCUCAAGAUACUGGGAACCAAUCUACUUGGAAGAUGAGCAACAAGAGAAGACGGUUCAGCAGUGGUGACUCUUCAGAAUUGAGUAACGGAGAAGAGCCUCAGGAAACUUCUAGUUCAGCCCUCAGAAAUGGGUCAGGAGCAGAGCUCCAAGGACUUGGAAAUCAGAAGUGCUCCUGUGUCAUGUGUUCACCAAGUGUUGAGUCAAGAGGCCAAGAAGCAAGAUCUAAAUGUAGCCAAGCAUAUGACAUGAUGGAUACUAUGGAUAUUGGAAGCAGUUCUAUUUUGGAGAAACACAGUGGGAAAAGAAGAAAAAAGAGAAAGCACAUAAGUAAAAAAAACAGUCCCCAAAAAGUGAAAAACAGCGGCAGAGAUAAAAUCCAGUCUCUGAAUAACAGAGUACCAAGGAAAAGAAGCAAACCAAAAGGGACAAAAGCAGUCAACACUAGGCCUUUGAAAAGAAGGAGAAAAAGAGGUCCAAGAAUUCCCAAAGAUAAACAUAUGAACUUUAAACUCCCCAUACUUCCCGUGACCUGUGGCCCAGCAAAGGGGAUGUUAUAUAAAGAGAAAAUGAAACAGGGAAUCUCAGCAAAGUGUAUAAAGACAAAUAAUGGGAAGCAGCUCACCCUCAAGGAAUUUGAAAUUGAAGGAAACCACGAAAGGAGCAAAAAUUGGAGGAUGAGUGUGCACUGCGCUGGAUAUACCCUGAAACACCUGAUUCAGAAGGGAUUUCUAACAGAUCCACCAAGAAAAACGAAGAUAAUACCAGAGUCUCAGAGUGAUAACAUUGUUGACCCAUAUCCAGAAAACUCAAAUAUAUGUGUGGUGUGCCAUAAAGGAGGAACACUAUUUUGCUGUGAUACUUGUUCAAGAUCCUUUCAUGAGACAUGCCACAUCCAACAUAUCGAUCCUGACAGGAACCCAUGGAGUUGCAUCUUCUGCCAGGUAAAGGUUAUUCAGGAAAGGUGCCCAAAAAGUCAACCAUGUCGUCUGGAAUCGGAAGUCCUAGAACGGAAGAUGCUACAUGAGGAGCACGUGAAAUGUGAGUUACUCCUCUUGACGGUCUAUGGCUGGUCAAAAAGCUCCUUUUUUGCCCCAAAACCAUAUUAUAGUAAAAAGCCACCUCAGAGUCUGGAGAAGUGCAUGUGGUUAAACAAAAUCAGAGAAAAUCUGGCUUCAAAGUUGUACCUCAAAGUGAAGGAGUUUGUGCAGGACAUACGCCUCAUCUUUCAGAACCACAGGUCAAUUUACAAGGGCCAGAAAUUCAUCGGGCUGGGAUUACAAGUAGAAAACAGAUUUGAAAAAAACUUCAAAGACAUUUUUGGAAUUCAGUAAAUCAGCAAGAACAAUUCUCAGUCCAAGCCCAUUACUUUGUGAUUUUUGUCCAAUUCUGUUUCCCCCUUCAGAGCCUCCAACAGUACGUGGUCAAGUGACCAUGGUCCCACUAACCAUUCUGCCUAAUGAUAUGCAAAAACAAUCAUAUCACACUUGUUUUUUCAAACUUAUUUUGUCAUUAUUUCAGCUCAUUUAUUUUUCUAAAGAAAAUGUAAGAUUGCUUUGUCCAGAUCUCUUAUUAAAUAAAUUGGAGUGAAAUUUAAAAUAAAAAUAUUGAUUCUUUCUAUAAAGAA